CCGGGCCAAGGUUAUUGCGCUAUCUGCCUGCUUUCUGGACACGCUGCCACCUCAAACAAUCCACUCAACUUUUGCUUAGCUGUGCCUUUCGCAAACAUCCUCGCUCUUGGCCUUUUUGUGCAGAUUCAUGGAGACUUGCAAUCGCUAACGAAUCCUUUCUGGCGGUGCCGGGCCGCGCGCGCAUACAACCUCCCGUAACUGCUCGACGACAAUCAGUGACGGAUCUUUCCUCACCGUCACUUCUAUACCAACAAUCUCCACUCAGUCCGACCUUUCCGAAUCCGCCUCUGGCCUGAAUAUGCGAAGCUAUUGAGGAAUAUACCCCGAUACAAUGUCAGCCCCGGCAUCCGACUCCCACGAUCUAACCAUCCACAAAUCCCCGCCAUCUACUGCGACUCUCCUUGCUCAACGGCUGCCCAAGCCAUAUAUCAAUAGCUUCUGUGGUGCCGCUGCUGGUGUUGCUUCGGGUAUCGUCACUUGCCCACUUGAUGUUAUCAAGACCAAGUUGCAGGCACAGGGCUCUUUCCGUCACCAACAACAUUUACAAGGCUCUCCCUCAACCACCCAAGUCUACCGUGGUCUCGUUGGUACCGCAAGAACAAUCGUUCGCCAGGAUGGUCUCAAGGGCAUGUAUAGAGGUCUUGGACCCAUGAUACUUGGUUAUCUGCCCACCUGGGCCGUCUACAUGAGCAUAUACGACAUAGCAAAGAGCUCAUACUCGGAGCGUAUUGAACCACAAUGGUUUGCUCACGUAUGCUCAUCUGUCACGGCCGGCGCCUGCUCUACUCUCGCGACCAACCCAAUCUGGGUCAUCAAGACUCGUCUCAUGUCCCAAAUAUCUACAAAAGCCGUCGAGGGUCACCGCACCCCCUGGCACUAUAACAACACCUGGGAUGCUGCUCGCCAGAUGUACAAAGGCGAGGGCAUCAAGGCUUUCUAUUCUGGCCUGGCUCCUGCUCUUCUUGGUCUUACACACGUUGCUAUUCAAUUUCCUCUAUAUGAGUUCCUGAAACUCAAGUUUACCGGAGUCGAGAUGGGUGCUGCUCCUUCGAGCCAAGGUACCAACUCGGUUGGUGUGCUCGCUGCCACCUGUAUCAGCAAAAUCUGCGCUACAACUGCCACAUACCCCCACGAAGUCCUCCGUACUCGCCUGCAAACUCAGCAACGAGGCAUUCCCAGCUCUGACGGAAUGAUCAACAAGCCUCGCUACCAAGGUGUGCUCAAAACCUGUCGACUCAUCUUGUACGAAGAAGGCUGGAGAGCCUUUUACAGCGGCAUGGGUACCAAUCUUAUCCGAGCCGUUCCUGCUGCCAUGACCACGAUGCUCACGUUCGAAACGCUCAAGAGCGUCAUCGUUCGCAUGCAGGCCGAGGACGAGCAAGGGCACCCUCAACCUCUUUAGAUCGAUGUUACAUCCGACACAGCUUUUCUCAUCCUCCAUCUUACGAGCUACGCCCAAAUGUAUAGAAGCUUCUUUUACGUCUUGCCCGGACUGUUAUCCUCAUCUCGCUUUACCGACCAACUCCUCUGGGGCCUCUUUCAAUUUUACACACGGCAUUGCUUUGCAUUUAAACCCCGGCUAGGGUGUUCACAGCAAGGCGUUCUGGCGUUUACUUUGCCCAAACAAAUCUGGUGGUUCUUUUGCAUGAUUUCGUACUUUUUUAGUCCUGCGAAAAUAAAAUAACGUCAACUUCAGUCUUCAUCUUACGUUUGGACGACGCGUGCGUUAUAGAUCACUCUAUCCCUCGGC